CCCCCAGUAGCGGAUGCAGCUGAAGUAAGCUGCCGGAUUAGAGGCUCGGUUUGGAGCAUCAAGGCUGGUGUACGAGAAACUCUGUACGAGCACCAACAAGAAGGAUUUGAGUUCCUCUGGAGGAACUUGGCAGGCAGUACUGAUAUUGUCGACUUAAGGAACUCAAAUCUACCUGGAGUGGGCGGAUGCAUCAUUUCUCAUGCACCAGGGACCGGAAAGACACGUCUGACCCUUGUGUUCCUCGAGACAUAUCUAAAGAUGUUUCCAAACUGCCUGCCGAUGAUCAUCGUCCCAGCCACAAUACUUGGUACCUGGGAAGCCGAGUUAAGAAGGUGGAAUGCCAGUUUUCAUUUCCACAACCUGAACAAUCCGGCAUUCACUGGCGACGAGAGGGCGGCUGCGGACCAUCUCUUUAAUAGGGCAAAGAUCAGAUGUCGGGAUACAGAGGCAAUCAGAAUGAUAAAUAUAUAUUCAUGGAAGAGGGGGGGAGGCCUUUUGGGGACGAGCUACAAUCUGUUUGAGAAGCUAACGGAGCAGAAGGACGAGGAAGCAAAUGCAGGCGAGGUGGGAUUUCUGAGGUCGACACUUCUUGAGAUGCCUGGACUAGUGAUUCUCGAUGAAGGCCAUACUUCUUGUAAUGAGAGGAGUAAGAUUUGGGCUUCACUGGUUCAGGUCAAGACAGACAAGCGUAUCAUAUUGUCAGGGACGCCGUUCCAAAACAACUUCACAGAGCUGUUCAACACCGUCAACAUCGUAAGGCCGACAGCGGCAGAAGAGAUUAUGCAGGAUCGGACAUUUGCUGAGAUUCUGCAUUCAGAUAAGAAAACCCAUAGCUCUCGGCCUGCUUUGCUUCCUGAAGCAGUCAAUUGUGCAGUGGAGAGGCUUAAAGUCUCCAUGUCGCCGUUUGUGCACGUGCACAAGGGAACUAUCCUGCAAAAGAAUCUCCCCGGAUUAAGAGACUCUGUCAUCCUCCUUAAACCGACCGGACUGCAAAAGAAGCUGAUCGACAUAUUGGAAGGGGAACGGUUAAAGAGAAUAAUUACGAACGAACAUGGAUUUUCUUUGGUAUCUAUUCAUCCUUACCUCAUCCGAAAAUGCAAGUCGCAAGUGCCCACGGAUGGAAUUGAUAUGCAAGCAGUCGAGGCAUCGAAAUUCAAUCCUUUUGAAGGAGUGAAAACAAAGUUCAUCCUCGAGUUUGUCCGCCUCUGUAUGAUGCUGAAAGAAAAAGUACUUAUCUUCUGCCAGAACCUUACGCCCUUGGAGCUGAUCAAAGACCAUCUGGCUGCGACCUUCCAGUGGAACGCCAGGAAGGAAAUUCUGAGGCUGGAAGGAAAGCUACCGAAGAAGCAACGCCAGAGAGUGAUCGACGCAUUCAAUGAUCCAGAAAAUGAUUCGAAGAUCUUGCUGGCGUCGACGAGGUGCUGCUCUGAGGGCAUAAGUCUGGUCGGGGCUUCCAGGGUCAUUCUGCUGGACGUCGUCUGGAAUCCUUCAGUUGAACAGCAAGCGAUUUCUCGGGCUUAUAGGAUUGGGCAAAAGAAGUUUGUCCAUACCUACCAUCUAAUGACUGCUGGAACACUUGAGGCGGACAAAUAUUGCCGGCAAGCUGAGAAAGAGCGGCUAUCAGAAUUAGUCUUCUGCUCUUCUUCGAACGAGAAGGAUAUAUCAAAGCAGCCAAUGCCAAAGAUCAAGGACAAGAUUCUUCAAGAGAUGGUUCAGCAUGCGAAGACUAAAGAUAUAUUUGAGAAGAUCAUCCACCAGCCCAAGAAUGCCGACUUGAGCCAGUGCUUGCACGGUAGAGACCAGACCUUAAGAGGGAAUAUACAGCAAGAGUAUAGUGAGGUUUUCCAGAGGCGUGCAUUUACAGGCGAUAGCGAGCAGAUUUUCCAGAAUGCUAUUCGAGAACAAGGCCGAGGGCAGUUUCUCUGUAAGAAGUUCAAUUUUUAUGACAUUAGCGACAACUUUAUUAAAUCAUUUAUGAAGCCUAUUGCUAGUGCACAGAUUCAUGUCUUCAUCGACUUGGCUGUGCUGGUCGAUGCUCAAGGCGGCAUGCUCGACAAUAUAGAAUCGCAGCUUCUCUACGAAACCUGCCUUUGUGUAUGGCUCCUGUCCUACUACGAGCCUGCUGUUGAGUUCUUGGCUACUUCUAGGUGCUGGCCGCCGUUGAUUGAAGUGGUUAAAGGUACUACAAAGGAAAAAGUUACGUUGUUAUGGUGGCCACAGAUUGUUCAAAACUUAAAAGCUCAGGCAUGGAGUGAUGAGUGGUUGAGCUCUAUUGACAAUGCAGCCAGCUCUGCCCACCCAUACAGUCAAUCAAUGACCAUUACCGAUAGUCAAGAUGUACAAAAGCUUGUAGAGGAACGUAAGAAGGGCCUAGUUGAGUUGAGGACUGUCAUAGUUGAGGUUAGAAACAUGCAUACAGAGUUGUCUACUUGGAUGAACUCUCCCGGUGGAGAAUCAGUACAAGCCCCGGGAACUAUCCGCACCCAAAGAGCGUUAAAGACACCGGGUACCAAGGUCCACGAACCACUGACGGUCGGGUCUCGUGUUCUUUUGAUGUCCCGUGGCUUAGAAGAAAAUGUUGCUAAGGGGAUCAUGUUGUCCUCCCCUCUUCCAGGUGAUAUGCUAGCAAUAGUUGAAGUCUUUACAAGGGUUACCACGGUUCCGGAUACCUCAAUUAUUCUGCCAACAAUUGCUAGAGCACGUACCCUCGGUGAGGGAAUAUAG